AUGGGGUCCUACGCGCGAGUGUUGGGUCACGCCAAGGGCGGUCGGAGUCACUCAGUGUCAUCGUGGUGCCGAGGCAUACUGAGCCAGCGCGAACAGCGACGGCGGCAGGUCACAUGUUCACGGACCUCGCCGCCAAUAUUGCCCGAGCAUCGCAUACUUUCCCACGCUUCCGCACAUAAGUGGUCACUUCUUGUGAUCGGUCAAGCAUUGAGUAACAUGGCAUAUCCGCCGCAAGCCGCUGCACCACCGCCUUAUUUCGCUCGAUCUGGUGAGCUAUCGAUACAGAUCUCGCGUCAGCAUGGCGUGCCAGGUUUGCCAGUCGAGCUAAAGGGCGGCUUGAUCGAUGAGCACGAAUGGCAUUCUCGUAUGUCAGGUUUGCUCGGCAUCUUCAGGCGAUACGACUGGUCAAUCGGCGAACGAGUCUGGCUCGGAAUCAUAUUGGUGAUGACGCUGAUCGUGCCAUGGCCCUUGAUGGGCCUUGCUCGUCGCUCGAUCCUAGCAGAAGACAUCGAGCGCAAUCGUGGCCUGCCGCUCGAUCAGCGUAGCUUCGAUCCGGAACAUUUCGCAAAAGCGCAAGCGGUCGGCUCGUUGAUCUUUCUGGGUCUCUUCAUCGUCGGCUGGGUUCCGUACGGUCUGUUCAAGCUGAGAUUCCGCCGACGCUUGAAUCGAUAUUUUGUGACGAUUAACAAUGCAGAGGCAGCAAAAGGACAUGGCCGGAGCACCUACUGGCAUCUUGCAGGCACGUCGACUUGGCAAGGCGCUGCAUUGCUGAUGAUUCGCCUGCCGAUGAGCUACAACAUGACACCGUUCCACCCACAAGCCUACCCGCCGCCCUGGCUUGCGAGCGGGCCGGCAACUGGCCCGACUCCUUCUUACGUAGCGCCGCCUGCGUCCCCGCCGCUCGAGAAAGUGCCCUUAUGA